AUGUGGCUGGCUACAUUUAGAGACCAUCUGUUGCCUGCACACCUGCUACAUCAUCAAGGGCCUGUAACCAUCACCCACUGUGCUCUUCUUUGGUGGAUAUUUUGUUCCUGCUGGUCAUUCACCAAGGCAACAAGCCAGAAAUUCUAUCCGACCGUGACCACCCAGUUUGGCAAACUGCGAGGCCUCCGGGUUCCUGUGCCCAGCGAGGUGCUCCGGCCCGUUGAUCAGUAUCUGGGGGUCCCCUAUGCUGCCCCGCCCGUGGGCGAGAAACGCUUCAUGCCCCCCGACCAGCCCUCCUCUUGGUCAGGUGUCAAGAAUGCUACCCACUUCAUGCCUGUGUGCCCUCAGAACAUCCACAACACCGUACCAGAGAUUAUGAUGCCCAUAUGGUUCACCUACAACCUGGACACAGUAGCCACGUACAUUCAGGAUCAGAGCGAGGAUUGUUUAUAUCUAAACAUCUACGCUCCGACAGAGGACGGAAGCCAACACAAGAAAAAGGGGGCGGCUUUCUCACAUGCCGAGACUCAUAUAUCUGAAGAUAUAAGGGACUCAGAAGCUCGACCUGUGAUGGUUUACAUCCAUGGAGGCUCCUAUAUGGAGGGCACCGGGAACAUGAUGGACGGCAGCGUGCUGGCCAGUUAUGGGAAUGUUGUUGUCGUCACGCUCAACUACAGAAUCGGAAUAUUAGGCUUCCUCAGUACUGGUGACCAGGCAGCAAAAGGAAACUAUGGACUCCUGGACCAGAUUCAAGCUCUCCGUUGGAUCAGUAAGAACAUUGGUUACUUUGGAGGAGACCCGGGUCGCAUCACAGUUUUUGGAUCUGGAAUCGGUGCUUCCUGUGUCAGUCUGCUUACUCUGUCCCAUCACUCAGAAGGUUUGUUCCACAGAGCCAUCAUCCAAAGCGGCUCAGCCCUGUCCAGCUGGGCUGUCAACUACCAACCAGUCAAGUACACUCGUAUGCUGGCCGAGAGGGUCGGCUGCAACGUGCUGGACACUGUGGACAUGGUCUCCUGCCUGCAGAAGAAGAGUGCAAGGGAGCUGGUGGAGCAAGACAUCCAGCCUGCCCGAUACCGCGUGGCUUUCGGUCCUGUCAUCGACGGAGACGUCAUCCCGGAUGACCCGGAGAUCCUGAUGGAGCAGGGCGAGUUCCUUAACUAUGAUAUAAUGCUGGGGGUCAAUCAGGGUGAAGGGCUGCGCUUUGUGGAGAACGUGAUGGAUCUGGAAGACGGCGUGUCUGGCAACGACUUUGACUUUGCAGUGUCAGACUUUGUGGACAGUCUGUAUGGCUACCCGGAAGGGAAGGACACACUGAGGGAGACAAUUAAAUUCAUGUACACAGACUGGGCCGACAAAGACAACCCGGAGACCAGGAGGAAGACCUUGGUGGCCCUCUUCACAGACCACCAGUGGGUGGAGCCCUCAGUGGUGACGGCUGACCUACACGCCCGCUAUGGCUCGCCUACAUACUUCUACGCCUUCUACCACCACUGCCAGAGCCUCAUGAAGCCAGUGUGGUCAGACUCAGCGCACGGAGAUGAGGUCCCUUAUGUGUUUGGCAUCCCCAUGGUGGGCCCAACCGACCUGUUCCCCUGUAACUUCUCCAGGAACGACAUCAUGCUCAGUGCUGUGGUUAUGACUUAUUGGACCAACUUCGCCAAGAGUGGGGAUCCUAACAAACCAGUGCCACAGGACACCAAGUUCAUCCACACCAAGGCCAAUCGUUUCGAGGAGGUGGCCUGGUCUAAGUACGACCCCUAUGACCAGCUGUACUUGCACAUUGGCUUGAAGCCUCGUAUCCGUGACCACUACCGCGCCACCAAGGUGGCCUUCUGGAAACACCUGGUGCCCCAUCUCUACAACCUCCAUGACAUGUUCCAUUACUCCUCCACCACCACCAAGGUCACCCCACUGGAUCCCACCCAGUCCAACGGUAAGAAGUCGGGCAGCACCGGUCGUCCCCCUGUAUCCACUGCCCACAACGACGGCGAAGGGGGGAGGGAGAUGGGCCCUCUGAUCAUGCCGAACCCGAGAGAUUACUCCACAGAGCUCAGCGUCACCAUUGCUGUGGGAGCUUCACUGCUCUUCCUCAACGUCCUGGCCUUCGCCGCUCUGUACUACCGCAAGGACAAGCGCAGUCGGCAGGACUUGUCCCAGCAGCCCAGUCCCCAGUGUGAUAGCAAAGGCAACAAUGUGAGCCACACCACCACUAUAGACGAGAGCCUGUCCCAGCAAAGGAACCAGUGUGAAGCCCUUCACAAUCCUCUCCACAUCUCGCCCAGCAUGGACUACUCACUGAGCCAACGCCGCUCCCCUGACGACAUCCCUCUGAUGACCCCCAAUAACAUCACCAUGAUCCCCAACUCCCUGAUGGGCCUCUCCAACAUGAGUCCAUACAGCACCUUCCCUGCUGGCUACAGCUCUGCAGGGCUACCCAGCACCCACUCUACCACUCGGGUAUAG